GCUGACUCAUCAUUAGAGACUGGGAAGGGCAGCAGAAGAGAAGCCAAACUUUUAAGCUGAUAACUCAACAGAACUUUCCUCUGUGUUGAGGGCUCAGAGUGGAGUCAUCAUGAGCGAUGUUACCAUUGUGAAAGAAGGCUGGGUUCAGAAGAGGGGGCAGAUUACUGGUGAUAUAAAAGGAAAUCCUGACCACCAAAAGCUUGCAAAAUGAUAACACUAUAAAAAUAGAGAAUAUAUAAAAAAUUGGAGGCCAAGAUAUUUCCUGUUGAAGACAGAUGGUUCUUUCAUAGGGUAUAAGGAGAAGCCUCAAGAUGUGGAUCUACCAUAUCCCCUCAACAACUUUUCAGUGGCAAAAUGCCAGCUAAUGAAAACAGAGCGACCAAAGCCAAACACAUUUAUUAUUAGAUGUCUUCAGUGGACAACUGUAAUAGAGAGGACAUUUCAUGUAGACACUCCAGAGGAACGGGAAGAAUGGACAGAAGCCAUCCAGGCUGUAGCAGAUAGGCUUCAGAGGCAAGAAGAGGAGAGAAUGAACUGUAGUCCAACAUCACAGAUAGACAAUAUAGGAGAGGAGGAGAUGGAUGCUUCCACAACCCACCAUAAAAGAAAGACAAUGAAUGAUUUUGACUAUUUAAAACUGCUGGGGAAAGGCACUUUUGGCAAAGUUAUUUUGGUCCGAGAGAAGGCAAGUGGAAAAUAUUAUGCUAUGAAGAUUUUGAAAAAAGAAGUUAUUAUUGCAAAGGAUGAAGUGGCUCACACUCUCACAGAAAGCAGAGUAUUAAAAAACACUAGACACCCUUUUUUAACGUCUUUGAAAUAUUCCUUCCAGACAAAGGAUCGUUUGUGUUUUGUGAUGGAAUAUGUUAAUGGGGGAGAGCUGUUUUUCCAUUUGUCGAGAGAGCGGGUGUUCUCUGAGGAUCGCACACGCUUCUAUGGUGCAGAAAUUGUCUCUGCUUUGGACUAUCUGCAUUCUGGGAAGAUUGUGUACCGUGAUCUCAAGUUAGAAAAUCUAAUGUUGGAUAAAGAUGGCCAUAUAAAAAUUACAGAUUUUGGACUUUGCAAAGAAGGAAUCACUGAUGCAGCUACUAUGAAAACAUUCUGUGGUACACCAGAAUACUUAGCUCCUGAGGUAUUAGAAGACAAUGACUAUGGUCGUGCAGUGGACUGGUGGGGUCUCGGAGUUGUCAUGUAUGAGAUGAUGUGUGGGAGAUUACCAUUCUACAACCAGGAUCAUGAGAAACUGUUUGAACUAAUACUAAUGGAGGACAUAAAAUUCCCUCGAACUCUCUCAUCUGAUGCAAAGUCAUUACUUUCGGGUCUCCUGAUAAAAGAUCCAAAUAAACGCCUUGGUGGAGGCCCAGAUGAUGCAAAAGAAAUUAUGCGGCAUAGUUUCUUUGUUGGAGUAAACUGGCAAGAUGUAUAUGAUAAAAAGCUUGUACCUCCUUUUAAACCUCAAGUGACAUCUGAGACAGACACCAGAUAUUUUGAUGAGGAAUUUACAGCUCAAACUAUUACAAUAACACCGCCUGAAAAAUAUGAUGAGGAUGGUAUGGACUGCAUGGACAAUGAGAGGCGGCCACAUUUCCCUCAGUUUUCCUACUCUGCAAGCGGACGAGAAUAAUUUUUUUUUUUUUGGUUCUGCUGCUUCACUGUCAUCUUAGGUUUUAUCACUGAAAAUGAUUCCUGAACAUCACCACCAGUACUAGCCAUUAAGUUUGUAGAGGCACUUUCAGAGGUCAAGUUGAACAAGUUCCUUCCCUCCCUCCCUUCUUAACUGGCCUUUUUGGUUUUGCAUGAAAUUUUUUAUCAGUCUAAGGUCUCCUGUUGCUGCUCCCACUGUCUCAGUAUAAUAGCAACAUCAAGAAGUAAUUUUGUAAUUUUUUGAAGUCAGGCAACUAAAAUCUUCCAUUGUAUACAAUGGAGGCUAAUAGAAACAUGCCAGUUCUCGAUGCAUUUCCUCAUUUCUUCUAGAAGAUAAAUCAGAAUUAUGAUUAGUCUGAAAGACUAGUUUAUAGCAUUUUCUUGCAUCUGUUUGUGCUGGUCAGAACAAGGAAAUGUCGGGGGUGGUGAUGUACAUAUGCAAGAUUUUUGUUAGGCAUAUCAUUACUUGAAGCAGGUCUAUGUCAUUAGCAUCUGGCUGGAAUGCAUUUGGGAAACAUUUGAGAGAAGAACAUGUAACUGUUCAUAUAUAUAAAUAUAUAUAUAUUUUGGAUUCUAUAGAAGAAACAGAAGGACUGGGCUCACCCAGCCUGCUAUUUAAACUUCCAGAUUCAUGUGCAAUCAUGGAGAGUCGAACGUUCUACAUGCAAGAAACAAAGGCAUAUAAGCAGCAUUUGAAGUUGUUUAAAGGUCUUAUAAUUUGCACCAGAUAACAUCUUUCUCAUGCUUUUCUCUGUCUUUAUUGAUAUACAUCACCUCUGAUGGCUGAAGAAUGUAGACAGGCAUAAUAAUGGUAUUGCUUUUCACCAAAAUUUGUGCACCAAGGUAAACAGCUGUUUGCCAUAUUUGUUUUUAUUUUGAGUUUGUG